CCUCGUGUGCUAACGGUAACGUGUUGCGCUCUGCGUGUUUCAUUUCGAAAUUGUCGCGCCAUUCAAAAUGUGAGUGUUCGAAUUGCGAAGCGAAUAACGAACCAAGUUAAUACGAAAGUGAGAGUGAAGUGAUGAUACUCUGUGCCGUCAGUGGCUGUCACAUUCUGCUGGCUGACCAUGAGUUCCGGUGAGUGGGAUUUGCGUGCGCUGAAGGCGCUCGAGGAGGAGGAACAAAAGGAGUUUCUGGCGCUCAGCCAAAAGAAUCUCUUCGAGCCACCGCUGCCAACAGGUGGAGGCGACAAUGGCAGCGUGCUCAGUGCGGGCGCCAAACCAUCGCUGGCCUAUGCGCAACUGCAUCCGCAUCUGCUUAAGCUGCCCACCAUCGAUGAAUGCCAACUGAUUGCCGCUCAGCGUCAGUCCGCAGCGAGUGUGGCAAGCGGAGCGCGUUUGAAAUUCACGCGUGCACUUUCCCUCUCCGCUCACUCGUUGUCACCACGAACAGGCGGCGGAGGAGGCGGAGCUGGCUUUGGGAAGAAGCUGAAGGCACGGCUAGUGGGUGCCAAGUCAAGUGGUUCGCUGUCCCCGUCGAGGCACUCGCAUAGCUACAGCGUGUCGCCAGUUUAUACACCGCCGCCGAUGCGACGUUGUGCCACGUUGCAUCACACGCAACCCGUGCGCAAGACAUUCAAGACGCUGCAGCAGCUGGAGCGGCAGAAGCGGCAGCACAACAACAGCAGCAACAACACAACGCCAACGGCAGGCAACUUGCCGCAGUUGCAGCGCAUUGUGGGCACCAACAAAACCUACUGGAAAUAUGGCGCCAACUCCACAGCAGCCUCCAUCAUAGGACAACGCGCCAGACUCCAGCAACAGCAGCAGCAGCAGCAGCUUAGUGAAUUGGAGUCCAGCAACUCGGAUGAACCCAAUGCGGAGCUGCUGGAGUCGGAGGCAUUGGACAGCGCCACAGAGACGGGCUCGUGUAGUGUCCCAUUGCCGGCGGCGGACUCCAAUGAGCUGUUGCGCCUUAGCAUGAUGUUAACGGCCGCCAGCUCGGCUGUUACUGCUGCCACAGCAACUGGUGGGUCGAUGAGGCCACAGCAGCAGAGAGUUGUCGAGCAGAAUGGUUGCGAAACUGUUGCGUACGAAGCUUUUCACAGGCCCAAGAGCUUUGAGCGUUCGCUCUUACGCGGAAGCAGCUUAACAGUAACAGCGCAAGAGAGUCACAGUAACAGUCGGAGUCGCAGUCACAGUCCCAGUCCAAGUCCCAGUCGAACGCGGCCAAUGCAAUCCACACGCAUAUUCAAGUCCACAUCGCUGGAUGCUGGCGCCGAUGUGGCCAUGGGCAUGGGCACCAAGGAUUACCACCAACAGCAACAACAGCAACAGAUUAUUGGCCAGCCGAUUGCCAUGAUGAGCAUGACAGCGGCCACAAAUCAGCUGGCAGAGCAGCAGCAGCAGCAGCAGACAAACGAGUCUCAUUACCACAAAGGAAAGGGAGAAUGGGAACGUGCGAAAGUCAAAUAUCAUCAGGAUUUGAACGUCGCAUGUUAUGGUCAUGCACUGACGCUAGGUGGCGCCAGCAUCGACGAUGAGCUCGAGCAACAUAUCAAGCAUUGUUCGUGCUCCUGCAAUCACAUGGGCUACGGCAAUUCAAUGGACUACCAGACAACCGGGUUUGGCGGGCUGCCAGACGUCACGGAACACUCGAACAUACGCCGCACUCUCUCCCGCCAGAACUCGAUCUCCAACAGCGAUUCAGGCGGCGAAAUUGCCAGCAUACAAAAGUCCAAAGUCUUUGGCAGCGCGAUGACGGGCGGCGUUGUUGUUGGCAGCGAUAUCGCUGGCAUCGCACUCGAUACCAAAUCGCCCACCUCACUGGCAUCCGCCGCAUCCAGUGCAGCCGGCGCCUCCGGCAAGACAAAGGGAGGCAAGACGGGUGCUGGUCGCAAGGGUCGAAAUAAUUCGGCUGCAGGGCAUAAGACACGCCGUGGCUCCUGGAUGGUUGCACUGACCCUGGUGAGUGCCAUCUGUCUGCUGGCGAUUGCGGCCACGCUGGCAUACCAGCAUUUCUUCAUGUCGCCCAGCCGCAAUUCGCAUGCACAAAGACUGAGAAUCGUUAGGCGCAUAUUGCGUGAAGUGCCGCUCGUCGAUGGACACAACAACUUUGCGUGGAACGUGCGCAAGUAUGCGCACAGCAGUCUCGAGCUGGUGCAUCUCAGUCACGACCUCGAUCAUAAGUCCAUGUGGUCACGACCUGCGUGGGCCCAAACCGAUAUGGAGCGACUUAAGCAGGGAUUAGUAGGUGUGCAAGUCUGGUCUGCGUACGUGCCAUGCGAGGCACAGGGCUUGGACGCCGUCCAGCUGGCACUGGAGCAAAUCGACAUAGUGCGCCGGCUGUCGGACAUGUACGCCAGGGAGACAGUAUUGGCGACAUCCUCGCAGGACAUCGUGGCCACGCACAGACGCGGCAUGCUGGCCUCACUGAUCGGCAUCGAGGGUGGCCACACCAUCGGCUCAUCGCUGGGAGUGCUGCGAUCAUUCUAUUCACUGGGUGCUCGCUACCUCAGUCUGACACAUCGAUGCGAUGUGUCGUGGGCCGGGUCGAGUGCGUCGCCGCAGGAGCAGGGUCUGACGCCUUUCGGCAAGGCGAUUGUGCGCGAAAUGAAUCGUCUGGGCAUGAUGAUCGACCUGUCGCACAGCUCGGAUGCCACGGCUCGUGAUGUUCUUCAGGCAACACGAGCGCCCGUCAUCUUUUCGCACUCAGCGGCACGGCAGCUGUGCAACUCGACGCGAAACGUGCCCGAUGACAUAUUACGUCUGGUGGCCGAGAAUGGGGGCCUUGUCAUGCUGAGCUUUGACCCUGAGGACGUGGCCUGUGGUCGUCAGGCGAGAUUGCAGGAUGUGAUAGAGCACAUCAAGUAUGUGCGAGCAAUUGCGGGCAUUCAACACAUUGGCCUCGGCGCCGGCUACGAUGGCAUUGAAAUGCCACCACUGGGCUUGGAGGACGUGUCCAAGUAUCCAGAGCUGUUGGCCGCCCUACUCGAGGAUCACAACUGGAGCGAGGAGGAUGUGGCCAUGCUGGCGGGUCGCAAUUUUCUGCGCAUCAUGGAAACGGUGGAGACGGUGCGCGACUAUUGGAAACGUGCCGCCAUUCAGCCCAUCGAGCAGGCGGAGCCACAGCCAAAGACGCAGUGCACUUACAUGUCGUCGUGACCACUGCCGCAGGCGGUACGAACGCGCCGCGAUGAGCCCGCGACGAUGGACACAAGCUCAGCCAAUCACACGGAAACUGCUUCAACUGAUGCCCAGCACUGGCAUCAAUUGCAAUCCCGGCCCGGCGCAAAUCAAACGGAAGUGCAGCACGUGGCAAUGGCAGCCACAACGAUGCCAACCACAUUCACAGUCAGCAGUGGACUUUUGCAGUAAGCUGCAUCAAGCACACUUGUAAUUCACCCAGACGAACGAGUGUUGUUAAUGUCGGUUAAGUCGACUUAACCCUCUUCAUUUAUGUUAUUUACUUAAUACCAUAUGAUCAAAAUCCUGUGGCUAUGUAACGGUAAAUACUCGUAAAAUAUAUACUCUGUACGUUAAGCGCAGGAAUCAAAAUGACAGAAUGAUAAUAUUUGUGGCGAAGAAUUAAAAUAAGUGUGUAUUUAAUGUAGACGCGUUGUAUAUCGAUAAGUUAUGCAUAAACGAGGCAAAGGCAUUCGUGGGUUUCACGCUUUAUUUUACUGCUGAUUAAAAGUCAAUAUUUAAUUUGGUUGUAAUCUAUAUCUUUACUUUAAUUUAUUCACUUUUAUUUCAUUUAUUUUAAUUUGUAUGUCAACUGCACAAUUUUAUCGCCAAACAGAUUUCGAUUAUUUUUAAUUGCAACUCGUUAUACACGAUAACCAUGCACGUACACACUCAUGCAUACAAAGUCAAAGGCAUUGCCAACACAAAUGAGUGAAAGAAACAAGCAUAUAAUGAAACAUGCAUGUUCUGCAUUUCACACGCAUGCCAAGGGAAUUAGCAUGCAAUGCAGACAUGCGCUAGAAGGAGACGUAUAGACAACUUCUGGACUUCGGCAUGUCUAACACACUCGCACGUCUUGACACCACGUUGUUCUGGCACCUGCACUUCAAAUCUGCAAGUCAUCAAGUGGCAAGCGACAAACUCAAGUCGAGUCACACAGCACGUUCUCGCAGCAGAUUUUAAGCAACUGCAACUGAUUUUGUUGUCAUUUAAAAUUCAUUCUUUAAAAUUAUGUUUAAUCAAUAAUACUGCAGCUACUGAUAAACAAUACUUGCAAUUAAAUGUAUUUUUUUCUAUUUUAAUUUUAUAUUUGCAUUUCAUUAAUUAUUGCGCGGCAGAUUAACAAUUCAACAUCGAACGAAUCGCAUGGCAAGCAAUUUGCAACUGUAUUAUAAAAUAAACAAGUUUAAAUUGUCGACAUAAGUAAUACAUAUAUCGAAAAGUAUAAUUAUUCCUAAUUAACACGAAUAAAUAAUGUAUUCAUAGUAAUUACGAGGCAACUCUUUAUACCCAUAAAUUGAAUGCAAAUUGUCACAGUGUUGAAUCGAUACGCAAAAAAAGAAAAAUAGAAAAAAUAUGUUAAAACAGUGCGAAUUCUGUUUUUUUACCCACUUCCAAUGAGUAUACAUACUCUGUAUGCUGUAUGAUUGCAAUUGUGCACUUGUAAUUCUUACAGUCCUAGGUUAGAACACGACAUAUACAUAAAUAUAAUGAUUACAAAUGUUGUAUGCGUUACUACACACACACUCCCACACAUAGACACACACACACAGGAAAUAUACAGAAAUUCAGCAUAAUCGUAUUUAUAAAUAUUUAGGAAAGCAAACGCGAAUAUCUUAUAGAAAUAAAUGCAUUUCCAUAAAAUAAAUCAAACUAAAAAUCACCCAAA